UAACCCCACCCGCUGCGGGAGUCGCAGAGCUGCUGGCCUGAGCCGGGUUAGCGGGGACUCCGAGCUCUGUGGGGAGUCCGAGUUGUGGCGGCGCCUGAGCCCGGCGGCGAGCAAGCUGGGCGGUGGCGUGCGGCGCCGUUGAGGGCGCUGCCCCGCGCGCUCCCAGCCCGCCCCGGGCCCUGGGCUCUCGGGAGGAGGAUCGGCGCCCGGGGCCGAGGGGGAAGGGGGAACAGCAGGGCGCUGCUGUAGCUGAAGCCCACCGUGGUGUCUCGAGUCGUAGGGACGGAGGCUUGGGCGCUCCCUGCCCGAGUGGAAAUCCGCGUUUACCCGGCGCGGGGGCGCAGGGCCCUGACGCGGGUGAGGCGGCCGCGAGAGCAUGAGCGGGCAGCGUGUGGACGUCAAGGUGGUGAUGCUUGGCAAGGAAUACGUGGGCAAGACGAGCCUGGUGGAGCGCUACGUGCACGACCGCUUCCUGGUGGGGCCCUACCAGAACACCAUUGGGGCCGCCUUCGUGGCCAAGGUGAUGUCUGUCGGAGACCGGACGGUGACUUUGGGUAUUUGGGACACAGCAGGUUCUGAGCGCUACGAGGCUAUGAGUCGAAUCUAUUAUCGGGGCGCCAAGGCUGCCAUCGUCUGCUACGACCUCACGGACAGCAGCAGCUUUGAGCGGGCGAAGUUCUGGGUGAAGGAACUGCGCAACAUGGAGGAGGGCUGUCAGAUCUACCUGUGUGGCACCAAGAGUGACCUGCUGGAGGAGGACAGGCGUCGUCGUCGGGUGGACUUCCACGACGUCCAGGACUAUGCAGACAAUAUCAAAGCUCAGCUCUUUGAAACAUCCAGCAAGACAGGCCAGAGUGUGGACGAGCUCUUCCAGAAAGUGGCAGAGGAUUACGUCAGUGUGGCCGCCUUCCAGGUGAUGACAGAGGACAAGGGCGUGGAUCUGAGCCAGAAGGCAAACCCCUACUUCUACAGCUGUUGCCAUCACUGAAUCGCCACUCACUUGGCCUGGGGGAAUUAAAGGAUUUCCCCAAGGGGCUGGACCUAGCUCUUGCCUGGGCUUGGGUGGGCACACGUGUGAGCUACCCCAAGUCCCAUGGCCGCAGGGUGGCACCUGCCUGUGCUGGCCC